AUGGAACCGUACGCAGAUGAUUUGCUAUGGUUGGUGGUGUGUGGAUUCGUGGUGGCAUUUAUUUUGGCGUUUGGCAUUGGUGCCAACGACGUGGCUAACUCAUUUGGAACCAGCGUCGGCUCCAAAGUGUUGACGCUAACCCAGGCUUGCAUUCUCGCUACGAUCUUUGAAAUUGCGGGAGCAGUGUUGAUAGGAUAUAAGGUAUCAGAUACGAUGAGAAAGGGGAUACUAGACGUUUCUCUCUAUGCUGAUGGCGGUGAGCGGCUUCUGGCCGCGGGUUGCCUCGCCGCUUUGAUUGCUGGGGCAGCUUGGCUAAUCGUAGCUACGGCUUUACGUCUACCGGUGUCUGGAACACACUCUGUAGUUGGUGCUACUGUUGGAUUCACUCUGACGGCUAAGGGUCCAGUUGGUGUUCGGUGGUCUACGCUUGGUGCUAUUGUACUAUCCUGGUUCAUUUCGCCUGUGUUAAGUGGUGCAGUGUCCGCUAUCCUGUUCUGGCUGGUGCGCAGGUUCAUACUGCGAGCUGCUCAACCUCUAACGGCGGGUCUGCAUGCGUUACCUUUCUUCUACGGGGCAACUGUUGCAGUCAACGUGUUAAGUGUUGUUCAUGAUGGACCUAAGCUUCUGGCAAUGGAUAAGAUCCCGAUGUGGCUAGCGCUAGCUGGAUCUCUAGCACUGGGUGCAGUUAUUGCUGUUUGCGUGAGACUCUUUCUAGUUCCCUACUUCCGCCGUCAACUCACUGCCAAACCGGUUAACUUCGUUCUCGGAGUAUCUAAUGAGACUACCCCCGCCAAUACUCCAACACAUACAACUAAAGGCGGUCCACAGCGACCGACAUCCCUACUAUCAGAAGACGGGAAGGUUCUAGAAGCAAUAACGGAGAGCGCCGAAAUGGUGACAUUAAGCGAUGCAGACAAAUGUUCACUCGGAGUUAGAGAAAUGAACGCCAGGAACCGAGCCCUAUUAGCCACAAUGGACGAUUGUAGCAUCCUCUCUCGAAGCCUGAGCCCUCCAGAUAAGUCCAGACUCCAGUUGAUAGAUGCAGACCCUCAAAUAAAUAGACUUAAGUAUAUUGAUGAAACCUUAAGCUGCUGUAAGAGUCUGGACUCGACGCAGUUAGUGGGAAUGGGUGAGAGUUACGAUUCUAAGAAUGGGUUUAUCGGUGAUUCGUGUGACACAAUAGCUCGAGUAGAGUUAGGAAGAAUGUCUGCUGUUCGAGCUAUGUCGGGUGUGGUGGAUUUCGAUACACCUCCGCCAAGACUAGAGAAGGGUCGCGAAGGUGGAAGUGCAUGGAGUAUAGAAUGUGAUGGGCGUACUGGCUUGGCCGCAAUUACACCUAAUUCCAGCGCGGCGCCUUUGCUUAGGGCGAGCUCCCCUUCGCCCCCUGCGCCGCCCCCUCCGCCACCAGAUACGCUUAGGCUUUUCUCAUUCCUACAAGUCUUAACAGCUACGUUCGGUGCUUUUGCCCAUGGCGGUAAUGAUGUAAGCAAUGCAAUAGGGCCUCUCGUGGCUUUGUGGCUGCUUUACUCUGAGGGCGGUGCGCACGCGCGAGCUGAAACACCUUUAGCGAUUCUCGUCUUUGGCGGAGUUGGUAUAGCCAUUGGUUUAUGGCUCUGGGGACGUAGAGUGAUACAGACUGUUGGAGAAGACCUUACAAGCAUCACACCUGACACGGGAUUCACAAUCGAAUUGGGGGCAGCUCUGACGGUGCUGGUGGCGAGCAAAGCGGGUCUCCCGGUUUCAACGACGCAUUGCAAGGUGGGGUCAGUCGUUUGCGUUGGAUACUUCUCCGAGAAAACCGUUGAUUGGAGUUUGUUCAGGAACAUAAUAUUUGCAUGGGUGGUGACAGUGCCGGCUGUUGCUGUAAUAGCGGCACUUUCUAUGUUUGCUCUCGAAGAAUUUGUUGUUUAA